AUGAAAGUUGGUGAAAUUGAUAAAGGUAACGAUGACAAAGUUAAAAAAGAUGAUACGUUUAAUAAAAUCGAUAAAGUCGAAAUUGAUGGUAAUGUUUAUGGAGAAGAUUAUGGUGAUUAUGAAAAAGAAUAUGGUGAUAUUGAUGAAGCUGUUGAAGGUAAAGAUGAUCAAAAUGAUGAUAUUUAUGAUGAAAAUCCUAGUGAUUAUGAGGAAUAUUGCGAUUAUGAGGAUGGAUACGAUGAUGUUAAUGAAGUUCAUAAUGAUCAUGAAGAAGAAUUUCGAUAUGAUAGUUACGAAUUUAUUCUUGGUUUUUUGAAUCGUUAUGGUGACUACGUUUCUGAAAUUGAUAUUAAAAAUAAAUUUAUGGAAGCUGAUAAAAUCAUAAAAACAUCGGCAACCGUUACAACCAUUAC